AUGAAUUGGAAUGAAGAUGACCAAGAACGUCCUAAUGGAUUCCCUGUUUCCCUUCAGGAAAAAAGCAACCCUGCCAGUGAAUUCAACGUUAAGAAUUUAGAGCUCACCACCCUCGUCUUGUUCUUUGCUGGGACAGAGACCGUCAGUUCUACCCUGAGAUACGGGCUCUUGUUCUUGAUGAAAUACCCCCAGAUUCAAGCAAAGAUGCAUGAGGAAAUAGACCGAGUGAUCGGCCAGAACCGGGCCCCAAACAUCGAGGACCGGAACAAGAUGCCCUACACCGAUGCCAUCAUCCACGAAGUGCAGAGGAUGAGCGACCUCAUUCCUAUGAAUGUGCCACAUAUGGUCACCUGUGACACCGAGUUCAGAGGUUACAUCAUCCCGAAGGGGACUGAAGUCUACCCAGUGCUCAGCACCGUUUUGAACGACCCCAGCAUGUUUCACAGUCCAAAAGACUUCAACCCAGGGAAUUUCUUGGACGAAAAUGGGUGCUUCAAGAAGAACGAUGCGUUUGUGCCCUUCUCUUCAG